AUGGAGGACGACUGUUUGUGCGAGUACGAUUCGACGUGGGACACGGAGAGUGAUGGAGAGGAACCAGUCGGAGAUGGCCAACCUCGUCGAUCCAGGACUUUAGUAUCGCGGCAUCACACGCCCAGAAACAUGAGGGCGGCAAAAGACAUGCAAAAUUACAGACGAGGAUACCCUAAUCUUACAGAUGAUGAUUGCUCAGAGGACAAAAUGAACAACUUGCAGUUCUACCUCAAUAAAUUCCCAUCUGCACCUGAUGAGUUCUACAUUGAAUCAUUCCUCAAAGAAUGGAAAAAUGACUACAAAAGGCUGGAGAGAGUUCACUCAUACAUUCAAUGGCUUUUCCCCCUUCGUGAACCAGGGGUCAAUUACAUGGCUUCUGAACUCACCAAGAAGGAGAUUGAGGCAUUUAAGAGAAAUGAGGAUGCCAAAAGAAGACUUGUGGAGUCCUAUGAACUAAUGUUGGGCUUCUACGGUAUCCGUCUGGUUAACAAAGAGAUCGGCGAGGUGACACGAGCAGAGAAUUGGAAAGAGCGCUUUGGGAACCUUGAGCGGAACAUGCACAACAACCUACGCAUCACACGAAUCCUGAAGAGCCUCGGGGAGCUAGGCUUCGAGCAUUUUCAAGCCCCGCUCGUGCAGUUCUUCCUCGAAGAGACUUUGGUCAAGAAGAACCUCAGCAAUGUUAAACGCAGCGUACUGGACUAUUUCCUGUUUGCCGUUCUGGAUAAACAGAAACGCCAGGAGCUGUUGCGCUUCGCCUACCUUCACUUUGAACCCAAGGAUAAAUUUGUGUGGUGUCCCAGAAAGAUUCAGAAACAAUUCAGGAAGGCAGAGAAACGAUCUGAAGCAGUCGGAAAUGGAGACGGGAAGGAUGAUGUCUACUCAAGGGCUAAAAGCAAAGAUGGAGAAAAAGGGCUUCCUGUCAAAGAGGAGGAAGUGGAUAACGCCGGUAAGGCGCAGAAGCAAAUGGAAACGAAUGGGGACCAAAUCACACUGCCUGAGCUGUCCGCUCACCCCAAAGGAGAUAAAAUGACAAUUGGAAAUGGGAAUUCCGAGUCCAAUAACAACAGCUUAGGGAAGAGCAAUGACUCAAACGAUGAAGAUGACGAAAUGGAACAGUCGCCCACUCCUGACACAGUGACCGUUACAGGUGAGCUCAGCGCAGACAUCAAGUCUAAACCUACCAACAGCUCACGGUGCGCCAUUCAGGAAACUGACCACGAUAUGCAAACAGAUGAAGACAUCAAGCCAGAGAAGCCAAUGAAGAAGAAGAGGGAAGAUGACUCUGUAACACAGAGCAACGGCGCUAAUGCAGACGUGAGCGGCGGCCAGGCAGAGGUAAAAUCUGCCGGUGACGUAAAAUCUGGCGGUGACGUAGUCCCCCUAAUGAGCUUGCCUGCUCGAAUGCUUCUAAAGACUUCAAAACCCUCAACCUGCCUGUCAUCAGGGCGGGAAGAAAAGAUCCCUAGGACCGAUUUUACUAAAGUGCCAGACAAAGGGUUGCAUGCAAAUGGCAGUGUCCAUAAAAACAGAGAUGAACUGACAAUUGAGAAGAAGGUGGAAGAUGUUGACAUGGAGUCAAACCCCUCGAGUUUAGACCCGAACGACUUUCGACCUAUUCAAGUUCUACCCACUCCUCCUCGCCCCCCACACCCUCGGGAACUCCGGUCCAAACUGAGCUCAGCCCCUUCCUCCUUUCUGGAGGUUCGGGUUAAUCUGGAAACCAAGAGGACGUUAUUCAGGAGCUGCGCGCCGUCAGGUGAACGAAGGCUCCGUCGGACUCUGAGGGGGGAGCCAACCAGGUUCGGCGACUGCGUUUGGACCUUUUUCCUGCCAUUACCGCUGUGA